AGGGCGUACGCGCUGCGCAGAGUUCCCUGUCUGGCUCACAAGGUUUGUUUCUCGCACCCACGCUGAGAGGGGUGGUACCGACACUUCUGUUGUGCUUGCUCAUUCUGGUUUUUCAGCAGCACGGACAUGUACCAGCAUUCUUUUUGUUUUUCUCCUUUGAUCUUUUUAUCCUGAUAUUUGUAUUAGCUGUUUCCUGGCUCCUCUGCGUCCGCCUCGAGACUGAAACGGAGCUUUUGUUUUCUCGCCUAUAGUUGUCUUUCGUUUUGGCGGUGUUGAGGUGAACCUGCUGUGCCGCACUGCACGCGCCUCGGCCCACCUCCGUGAAGUCCGCCCCGCACAUGCACUCGCAUACAGGUACUUUUCCUUCUUCUCUUUCCCAACCGUAUGGCAUGAUGAACGCUGGCACGCCGCCUGCGCCACCGUUCUUGUCCGCGUCCGCACUUAAAGGGGGUGUCCCCCCUCCGCCGGUGCUGCACCUGCCGAACGACGCACCGCCCCCUGAGGAAAUGCUGCGGCAGCUGCUGCUGGAGUGGUACAGCAGCGUCGCGGAGCUCCUCAUCGGCGAGGUCGCCGCAGCGGAUGUGCUCGGGUACAAGAACACACCGCAGCUUCGCGCGUGUGAGCUGAAAAGCUAUUGUGCGGGCACAGAGAGCCGCAAAAAGGAAAAGGAAAUCGGAAAAGGUGAAGGAGGAGGAGGAAGAGGCUUGGAUGAGGUAGCUGGGUCAGCUUCGAGGCCCUCCGCACCGGCGAGCGAGUGCGAAGCGUUGCUGCAUUCGCCGCACUUCCCUGUUGCUGCGUUGACCAGCAUGAUCGGCGGCAGCCAACGCGGCCGUCUUACCGAGAAACUCAGCGCCAAACUCACCCAGCUUCUGCCGUCGCUGCGUCUCGACUCCUGUCCGUUGCCGCAAGACACACCACGCGGAUGCGGCGGCGUCUCUCCGCACAAUCCGCAGCUUCGACCAACGCGACCGCAACCCUUCUCGCAGCGCACGUUGGCGAUGCCCCGCUUUGACGAGCGCGAGGAGUUCAUGCCCAUCACGAACGGGCCGUCCUCGCCAACGACGAGCACGCCGACCGCCGCCUCGCACCCGUCACCGUCGCUGCCCGGCACGACCGCAUCAACGCUUUCACCCACCACCAUCGCCAUCGCAGCAACGACGACGCCACCAACGCCGACGCCGUGGUGGUACUCGCUGGUGGAUGCGGUGAACUCCACCCUGGACUCCUUUGAUGUCCUCGUCGAUGCAGUUUUCUCUGCCUCGCCCAGCACGACACCCGUGCCGACUUUGUGGACCGCCUUCUCCUCUGCGCAGUGGUUGGCCGGCACAGGUGCGUGGAGGAGCAAAGAAGCAGCGGUUGUCGACACUCACGACGGCGACGACAGCGGUGAAGAGAGUUGUAUCAUGGCGGGGAUGCUUCUCAACCGUCACGUGCACGUGCGCCGUGGCCCCGCUUUUUCCACCGUCACCUCUCCGCUGCUGGUGGUGUUGGAUCUGGAUCUGACCGUGCUGCGGUACCCGCUGAGCUCCCUCUCAUUCCGCGCGGUGCAGUCCAUGUCGCCGCGCGAGCUGCGGGCCCUCUUCGUCGACGUCGACUUCUUCCGCGGCUUCUGUGAGGCGGUGACCCGCCGUGGGCACGAGCUGGCGAUUUGCUCGCUGACGGAGGGGGCGGCCGAUCAGCACUGGUGCGAGCUCAGCGUGCCGGAGGUGGUGCUGCUCCUGCUCUCCGCCGUGCUGCCGCCGACCCGGACGUACCUGACGAGCCCGGACGACACGGUCUGCCUGCCGAAGUCCAUCGCAGGACCGGGAAAGCUUUUUCACCUCCAGGUGCUGCAGGAGCGGCGCAACGCACGAGACACGUCGCCCGCCGCUGCUGUUGCUGUUGCUGCUGCUGCUGCAGCGGAGGAGCACAACGAUGCCAACGGUGCCAGUCUCAGCUGCUCAUCGCACGAGGCGCUGGACAGCGUUGCGUGUCGGUACGCCUCCCCUGCGCCGCUGCUGCUUCCACGCUGGCUGAGCACGGAUGCGGUGUUGAUUGACGACGACAAGGAGAACUGCUGGCUGGCGGUCACGCAGGGGUAUCAUGCCGCCCACUGCGCGGAGACCGGGCUGAGUGCGAGCUGGUUCGCCGCCAGGCCGGAUUUGCAGGUGCUACUGGGUGUAACCGCCGAUGAGAUUCCUUGCGGAGGACCUGUGUAA